UAUGUUCACAACUGAGCCACAGCCUUAUCAGCUGGGCCUGAGGGAAGACUGGUCUAGGUGCUGCUCCUGAACUUGGUCUCUAAGCCAUGGCUUCCCAUAGACACUCAGGUCCCUCCAGCUACAAGGUGGGCACCAUGGCUGAGAAAUUGGACUGCCACUACUGCAGGGACUCCCUGCAGGGAAAGAAGUACGUGCAGAAGGACGGCCACCACUGCUGCCUCAAGUGCUUCGACAAGUUCUGCGCCAACACGUGCGUGGAGUGCCGCAAGCCCAUCGGCGCCGACUCCAAGGAGGUGCACUACAGGAACCGCUACUGGCACGACACCUGCUUCCGCUGCGCCAAGUGCCUCCGCUCCUUGGCCAAUGAGACCUUCGUGGCCAAGGACAACAAGAUCCUGUGCAACAAGUGCACCACUCGGGAGGACUCCCCCAAGUGCAAGGGCUGCUUCAAGCCGAUCGUGGCAGGAGAUCAGAACGUGGAGUACAAGGGCACCGUCUGGCACAAAGACUGCUUCACCUGCAGCAACUGCAAGCAAGUCAUCGGGACGGGAAGCUUCUUCCCUAAAGGGGAGGACUUCUACUGCGUGACUUGCCACGAGGCCAAGUUUGCCAAGCACUGCGUGAAGUGCAACAAGGCCAUCACAUCUGGAGGAAUCACUUACCAGGAUCAGCCCUGGCAUGCCGAGUGCUUUGUGUGUGUUACCUGCUCUAAGAAGCUGGCUGGGCAGCGUUUCACCGCUGUGGAGGACCAGUAUUACUGCGUGGAUUGCUACAAGAACUUUGUGGCCAAGAAGUGUGCUGGAUGCAAGAACCCCAUCACUGGGUUUGGUAAAGGCUCCAGUGUGGUGGCCUAUGAAGGACAGUCCUGGCACGACUACUGCUUCCACUGCAAAAAAUGCUCCAUGAAUCUGGCCAACAAGCGCUUUGUUUUCCAUCAGGAGCAAGUGUAUUGCCCCGACUGUGCCAAAAAGCUGUAAAGUGACAGGGGCUCCUGUCCUGUGAAGUGGAAUUUGAGUCUUGUUCCUCGAGCCCUCGCCCCCGCCCCCGCCCUCUGCCCGGCGGCACCCCGCGGGCGAGAGCGGCCCCUCCCCCCCUUCAGGGUUGCUCCUCCUGUCCCUCCUCCCGUUUUACAGUUUCUACUCAAGUAAGCGCGCAGUGGCCGUGUUAGGGCUUAGCCAAAGCAACCCUGCGGCAAGUUAAUUCCUCCAUAGCUGCAAUUAGCAAACGAACACUUAGCUAGACUGACUCUUCUGCAUGUUUAUCAUAGAGCAGAAAAGUGCUGACCAUGUAGCUGCUUAGUGAUGUUAAGCAAGAAGCCUAAGAGAUAAAGCCCCCCCACUGAGAUGCCUCUUGUGGCUCAGCUGGGACCCACCGUGUCGACCACACGACACUUCAGAGUUGCAGCGGCUGCUCCAACUCGGCUGCUCACCCUGUUCUGUGAGCAGAAAGGACUUAGCGAAAUGCAUGGUUUAACUUCCUCAUCAAAACCUUCCUUCUGUUCUUUUGUGCUUUCAAAUGACUAACACGGAUAUUUCCAGAAAAUUAACAACAUUUGAAUUUAGCAGUAAUUCUCAACUGACCUUUUCCCCUGUACUAACGUUUGAUUUCCCCGUGUGGCGUGUUUUUCUGAGCGUUCCUACUUUCAAACACGGAACGUGCAGGUGAUUUGGAAAGUGUAGGCAGAUCUGAGAAAACAAACAGGCCUGUUUCAGAAGAACGUCAUCACAGCGAAUACUUCUGGAAAGCUUAACAAAACUAACCCAGCUGUCCUUUAUCUUUUUUUUAAUUAAUAAUAUUUUUGUUUUAAUUAAUAGCAACAUAGCUUAUUGGGUUUGGAGACUUGCAUGGAGAUAUUUUAGCCCCCUCAGACGUGCCUGCAGUUUUGAAAGUCAUCCUACAGAAGUAACCAUAAAACUCGAGAGGGGUAGGUGAGCAGGCGCCAGGACUGUCAUUGACACGGAUAUGACAUUUCCCAACAGUGACAAGUGGAAUCCCGUGUAACACAGUACUUGCCUGCUCUGUGUCCGUGUGUUGAUAAGCAGGCCCGCCAAGUCCCUUCCCUUGGGAUUCUGAGGACUGUUCCUCAAGAGCUUAGCUGGCUCUCUGGGGGCACGCGGAGGAGGCCACUGUCCCCGCAGGCAGCACCGGAUUUCCACGUAGCGCUUACCUGAGAUUGCAGGAUCACCUACUUACCGUAUUCUAGCUCCAUUGUUAUAUUACAUAGUAUAAUGAGACGAUAUCAAGAGUACACAUGUAAUGACAGUGCACAUUAACACUCUUGUAGGAGUGGUUAGAGAAGCCGAUGCCUCAUUUCUACAUUUUGUCAUUAGCUAUGAUCAUCUGACACUUCAGUGUAUCCUUACAGAAAUAAAGCAGCAUAUAAAUAA